GAGGGCACACCACCAACUUCAUUACAGGACAGUUAGAGGAAACACAGACUACACAGAUCAUCCCUUUAAUUUACUGCAUCUGUGCAAAAACCCCUCUGUUCAUGCAAGAGUGGAACCAGUCCGGAUUAUUGACACUCUUUAGAAACUCUCUUUAGAAUCACUCUUUAGUGACACUCAGUCUGGGUCACUCUGACUGUCCUGCAGCUCAGCAGCUCAGCACUUCAGUCUGCAAAGCUGGAAAAUCGAUAGAGGACUUUUACGAGGUUUUCGCAGCAAUGGUCAUUCGGUAUUUCCUGUCCAGGAUAGGAGGUAAAAAGUGAUUUUCAGGGGACAAUAAAACGACAACAGCGACACAAAGGUGUGGACUCCUGUGUGUGAGAGAGAGUUAGUGAAGGAUGUGUUUGAUAUCCGUGUACCUUUUCUUUCAGAGCCGUUUGCUUCUCCAUCCUGAGUCUCUCUGCUUCGGUUUGUCAGACGGAUUCUCGCUCUCAUCCCUCCACACUCCUUCCCCUCUUUGUGUCCACGGUUCAGGGUCCAGGAGGGGGUCCAAAAGUCCGACAAAAGUCCACGCUGAUGACCGAGAGUCGACGAACUGCGAGGAAAAUCCACGAAGAGCGAGCUGUGUGGCGUUCAGGAGAAACUUUUCUCAGGGAAAGUGCGCCAUGUUGUCAAAUCUUUUCCUUUUUUUUUCCUCCGUUUUUUUUUCCUUCUGUUGCCAUCGAGGAUUUCAGAGCAGAGCUGAGCAGAGGGAGGCAUGAAGGUCUGAGGAGGCAUGAAGGUCCGAGGAGGCAUGAGGGUCUGAGGAGGCAUGAAGGUCCGAGGAAACCUGGAGCAGAAAAACCCACAGAUGAAGGAGUGAAGAACUCAGACAGGAGCCUCAUUUCUGCUGCAGGAACAUUAACUAUUAUCCAGAAAAUAACAGGACCCCUCAGGUGGGGGUGGUCUCAGGUGCUGCAGGGGUUCAGGUGAAAUAUGUGAACACCUGUGUCGCGUGCACGCUCUAAUUAGUGGCCCACCUGUGCAGUGAUGCUGCGUUCAAGUCCUCCUCUCACUCACAGAUGAAAUAAAGUGUGAAUAUAUUAAAUUCUGGGCUGAGUUUAUGACUCUGUGUUAAAGUUAGAAGAUAACCUUUAAUACAGAGGUUCAUAUGAACACACACACUCUUUAUGACUCUGUCUUAAUCACAGUUAAACUCUCCUAAAACAGCGUUCACUCAUUUUCACUAUAGUACAUGUCUGCAGAUCCACAACCCUGUGUGCGCCCCUGCUGGACAGAGUAGGUCACUGCAUGACAGAUCCAC